AUUUCGAGAUAAUUUUACGUUAAGAAUGAAAUACCGAUCAAUCUUUACAUUCGGUCACUUUUACACACUGUCCCGUUAAAGCGGGUUUCAUUUAAUUAUUUUUUUUUGCUCAAAAAUGCCGUCAAAAUUUAAAUUUCAGGAAGGAGAACAGAUCUUAUGCUUCCAUGGUCCACUUCUUUAUGAAGCCAAAUGUCUGAAAUGUGAACUGAAAGAUAAGGCAGUGAAGUAUUUGGUCCAUUAUAAUGGAUGGAGCAAAAACUGGGAUGAGUGGGUGCCUGAGAGUAGAGUGCUGAAGUUCAACGAGGCAGGCCAGCAGAAGCAGAGGGAAUUACAGAAGGCUCAUUCAGUGAAAACGAAACCAGGCAAAUCGAGUAACAAAGAAUCAGCUAACAAAGAUAAAGAAUCUACAGAGAAGCACAAGCAGUCAGCAGCGUCUACUUCCUCCUCUUCGACAUCAGCAGCUGCCAGGCAAGGUCAGAAGGAUAAGAGGUCAGUCGACAAACCACAGCAACAACAACAACAACAACAUUCGUCAUCGUUGUCAUCAGUGACGUCAUCAGUGACGACAGCACAUCAGCAACAACAGCAGCAACAAUCUGAUAGCAAGGCUGACGAUGCUUAUUCUAACGCAUCGACGGAUACGGCUGAGAAGAUUGAUGGGAGUACGAAGAAGAAGAGGCAGAGGCCGAAUGAUUCUAUGCAUACUCUAUCAGCGCCAACUGAUUCUUUGAAGAAGAAGAAAGGCAAAGUGGAAAGUUCACCCGCUGUUGAAAUGGAGGAGUCCUACCUGGCAAAAAUGGACAUCGAGGUGAAGAUACCGCUGGAGUUGAAGGCCUGGCUGGUGGACGAUUGGGACCUUGUCAACAGGCAAAAACAGAUAGUAAGACUUCCAUGCACUCCAAACGUUGACACCAUACUGGAUGACUACCUGGAGUUUAAGAUCAAUAACUCUAAAAAUGUUUCCAAGGAUGCUUUGGAGGAGGUGUGCCUGGGAUUGAAAGAUUACUUCAACGCCAUGCUGGGCAACCAGCUUCUCUACAGACUGGAAAGGCCCCAAUACGCCGACAUCCUAAAUAAGCAUCCCGAUACGCCAAUGUGCAAGUUGUACGGCGUUCACCAUCUACUUAGGCUCUUUGUUAAGCUAGGGGGGGUCCUGGCCUACACCUCCCUGGACCGAAAGUGUCUGCAAGUUCUCAUGUCGCAUUUUCAAGAUUUCCUACAGUAUAUACUGAGUAACUCGUCUUCACUGAUGACCACCGAGAAUUAUGUCGUCAAUCCACCAGAGUUCAUGAGGAAGAUACUAUGAAUGAGUGAAUGAACUCUUCACUCAUUCAUUCACUCAUUCAUUCAUUCAUUCAUUCAUUUAUUCAUUCGUUCGUUCAUUCAUUCAUUGAUUUGUUCAUUCAUUCGUUUAUUCGUACAUUCAUUGAUUGAACAGUAGUCGAAAAAAAGAAUUAGGUUUGAUUGGCUAAUUAACUGGCCGAUUGAUUAAUUAAUUAGUUAAUUAAUUAAUUGAUUAACUAAUUAAUUGAUAUAACUGCUUAUUGGCUGAUUAAAUUUUAAAUGUUUCUGAUUGAAUGGAUGGUUUUAUUAAGGAAUAAAUUUUUUCGAUUGACUGAUUGAAUGAAAUGAAUGAAUGAAUGAAUAAAAAAACGAAAACAAAUGAAGGAAUAUAUGAUUAGAUGGCUGAGUUUCAAAUUGAUUGAUAGAUUGAUUGAUUGGUUGGUUGAUUGGUUGAUUGAUUGGAUUGAUUGAUAGAUUGAUUGAUUGAGUGAGUGAGUGAGUGAGUGAGUGAUUGAUUGAUUGAGUGAUUGAUUGAAUAGCUUUAUAGACUGAUUGAAGCACACUAUUUCAUCAUCAUAAAAAAAUAAUUUUAUAUGUAAAAAGUACAUAUGGUGUUUUAUUUUAUUUCAUUUUAGACAGUUACUUUUAAUUUUUUUUAUUCAAUUUAAUGUGAAGAACUUGGAAAAAUGUUUACAGAUAUCUUUA